CGCCAUUGGUAUCUUCCACCGCAGAGAACGACCUUCCAUCUGACAAUUCCCUUUUUCUAUUUGGUUCUCUUUUGUUUCUCCCUCCCUCUUGCAUUCCGUUCCGCCAUCCCCAUUUUGGCACCCAAACAAAAAAGAUCCUUGAUUUAUUGAGUUUCAGAGCUGAAAUCAAGACCCACCCAGAUCAGCUGUGGUGGUAGAGCCUGUGGGAAUCGAGAAUGGGGGUAACUAAAAGUGGAGUUCUGCUUUUUCUAGCUCUGGUAUUGCUGAGCCAGCUGGUUGUGAAUGGGGAUGAGUCCAAUACGAAGACUCUGGUGAAGUACAAGAAGGGGAAGAAGCUUUGUGACAAAGGGUGGGAAUGCAGGGGAUGGUCCCAAUACUGCUGUAAUCUGACUAUCACUGAUUACUUCCAGACCUACCAGUUUGAGAAUCUCUUCUCCAAGCGUAACUCGCCUGUAGCACACGCAGUAGGUUUCUGGGAUUAUCAUUCUUUCAUCGCUGCUGCUGCGCUUUUUGAGCCAUUGGGCUUCGGCACCACCGGUAACAAGACCAUGCAGAUGAAAGAAAUUGCAGCUUUCCUGGGUCACGUCGGUAGUAAAACUUCUUGUGGUUAUGGAGUGGCCACCGGAGGACCUUUGGCCUGGGGUCUUUGUUACAAUCACGAAAUGAGUCCUAGUCAGUCAUACUGUGAUGACUAUUUCAAGUACACCUACCCUUGUGCUCCUGGUGCCCAAUAUUAUGGACGUGGUGCCCUGCCUCUCUACUGGAACUACAAUUAUGGCGCUGCUGGAGAAGCUUUGAAAGUAGAUCUACUAAAUCAUCCAGAAUACGUAGAGCAGAAUGCAACCCUCGCCUUCCAGGCUGCAAUUUGGAGGUGGAUGACUCCAAUCAAGAAGGCACAACCUUCUGCCCAUGAGGCCUUUGUUGGCACCUGGAAGCCCACCAAGAAUGACACGUUGGAGCAUCGGGUUCCUGGUUUUGGCACUACAAUGAACAUUCUAUACGGUGAUGGUGUAUGUGGGAAAGGCGACGUUGACUCCAUGAACGACAUCGUUUCCCAUUACCUGUAUUAUCUCGACCUGCUGGGUGUGGGCCGUGAGGAUGCAGGGCCCCAUGAAUUGCUAACUUGUGCUGAGCAGGUUCCUUUCAACCCAUCCUCUCCUGCUGCCACUGCAUCUUCUUGAUCUCGUGGCUGUUUGGAGUAAGUAGCAUAUGGUGGUGCUGUGCCAAUCCCGUGAGAAGUGGGGGGCCAAUAAAGAGUUCUUAAAUUGCAAGUAUACGAUAUGUUCAACUGUACUCAAGUGUGUGAAUUCUUUUGUUGCUGUGUAGAAGUAUAAAACUCUGUAUCGUUAAAUUAUACGUGAAAAUUCUGGAUGUGGUAUA